AUGAAACUGUAAUAUUGUUGAUAAGAUGAUUGAUAUUUAAAUAGAGAGCAAUUGAACAUUUUCAGCUCAGUAGUGGUAGUUACACUAAAGAGGAAACUUGUGGUCAGACGAUUACAGUGAUAAUUUGCUAAUAAAAUGUGUCUUCUGAGGAACGUAGUAUCACUUCUUCUAAUUGCUACCACAGCCAUAGGACAAAAUAUUCGCAAUAAAAAUGUACACUGUGAGGAAUUUAACAUCUUAGAUGGAGGUUAUUUCUAUGAUGAAUACGGGAGGCAUAUUUCAGCAGUCGAGUGUAUUAUAAGGAAUUAUGAACUAUCAAGUGAACGUGUUUACUAUCUCAGCAAUAGUGAGGCCAUAGAAAUUCUUAAGAUUACGGACUCAUCUAUGGAAAGUCUUCCAGUAAAUCUUUUUUACCCCCUAAGAAACCUAAAAUAUUUAACAGUGACUAAUACUACUUUGAAGUACGUUAACUCAAUUCCAAUUGAUCAUCUAAGAUUAUUGGAUUUUUCAUCAAAUGAAAUCGUUUCACUACAAGAAAAUGCAUUUUUUAACUGUCCAGAACUAUCGAAAAUACUUCUGUCAAACAAUAAAAUUACAAUUUUGGAAGGCAGUCUUUUUUCGGGAGUUCACCAAAUUGUCGAUUUAUCUAAUAAUGUAAUAAAUAAUAUAACGAUGAUUGUUUUCGAUCAUCCUAAUAUACAAAUAUUAAACCUUAAAAAAAACUCCCUGGAAGAAUUAGAUUUGAACAGAUUUAAAACAAUUACUGGGCUUAGAAUGUUAGAUUUGAGCUACAAUAAAUUAAAAGUUCUCAAUGUGACGGAAAAUUUAUUAUCCAGUGAUUUUGCUCUUAAUUUAAUAUCAAAUCAACUUACUUAUUUGGACUUGAGAAAUACUUCAAUAAAGUCUUUAAAUAUUGCAAGAAAUAAGGUUAGAUAUCUUGCAAUUGGAAGUAAAUAUAAAGAAAUUGAUGCUGAAGAUAAUGAAAUUACUGAAAUAUCAUUUGGAGACUCAAUUGCAUCUCUAAACAUUUUGAACUUGAAUAAUAACAAAUUGGGAAAUAAUCUACAAGAUAUCUGUAGAUGUAGAAAUUUGACUUUACUGUCUCUUAAAUCAAAUAAUAUUGAUAACAUUGACUCCUGCUUUGCCUAUAUGUCGACUCUGGAGACAUUAAAAUUACAAAAUAACAAUAUUUAUCAGGUUAAUCACGAUAGCUUUUUCCCAGACAAUGUAAUUCAAUUUCUCGAUUUGUCAUUCAAUCGAUUAGAAGUCGUUGAUGAGUAUACAAUGUCAAUUUUUGAAAAUUUACAAUUCUUUUAUUUGAAUGGAAACCCCUUGCAUGAUUUCAAUGACUCUCCUGAAUCUUUUAUGCCGAAAUUAGUUGAAGUUGGUCUAUCACAUAACAGGUUUAAAUGCUCAAAACUGUUUCUUCUGCUGAAAAAGUUAAAAGCUCUUAAUAUCAAACUUCAUGUUGAUACAACAAUUCCAGUUAAUACUACAAAUAUUGAUGGAAAUGCUUGUUAUCAAAAUCACGAAACCGAAUUACUAAAAAAUUCCGAUAAUUUGGAGAAUAUUUUAGCCCAAAAAACCAAUGAAAAAUUGGCAUAUUUUUGGGAAAAGAUCAAUACACUAGAAGGCAAAGUUAAGGACAUUGCAGCUAUGAAUUUCACACUGCAAGAAUUUACAAAAUCUUACGUAGAACAAAGAAAAGAAAUUGAUGUAAUUAACAAAUCUCUUGUAGAAAUUAAAAAAUCCCAAGAGGUUUUAACAGAGAUUUUAAGCCAAAGACUUGGAAAUUUGGAAGAAGCAUUUAAGAAUGCUACUGAGGAUAGAAUCGAUUAACAACAAUGUAUGUAAUAGAUUGAAUUGUUAUAUUGAAGAUAAUAAAGGUUGUAAAUUUUUUAAACCAGGAAUAAA